AUGGCGAUGGCCGCGCGGCCACAGACGCCCUCUCAGGAUGCAUACUUGAUUCCGCAUCCCAACGACCCGGGGGCCCUAAGUCGCGGGUACGGUCCGCGCUCUACCCUCUCCCGACCGAGCUCCUUCGCGGGCAGCACUUCCUACAAUUACGGCUCGGGCGCUCUCGACCCGCAGAUCCACAACCCCCGAUUCAGGGAGGACUUCGACGCCGCUAGCCACCGCGGCUCCGUCGUCCACGACGGCCCCGUUGGGGUGCAGCGGUCUGCCUCCACCAUGUCUCACGUGCGAUCACAAACCCCCACCCGGGGCGGUACCUUGAGGAAGAAGGCCUCCCUGAGCAAAAAGGGGAGUUUGCGCCGGAAUGGAAGUCGCAGGAGUAUGCGCGCGGGUAGCGUGCGGAGUCUCAGCUUGGGUGAUCGGGAAAAGUAUCAAAUGGAGGGCUCCGACGAUGUGAAUAGUGCUUUCAUGCUGCCGAUUCCUACGACUGGUAACCCGACUGAAGUGCUAGCGAACCGGUUUGGAGCAUGGCGCAAGGUUCUCAAGGAUUUGAUUUUGUUCUUCAAGGAGGUUCAGAAAUCAUACGAAACUAGAGCGAAACUAUUCAUGUCCGCCUCGAACGUUGUCAACAACCAGACUCUCCCAUCGGCGUUCCUGCAGUCUGGUGGUCUGGCCGAUGCGACGGAGAUCCUACGAGACUUCCACCGACAAGGCUACACAGAGGCAAACAAGGCGAUUGAGGUGGAGGUAGAAGUGAUCAGUCAAUUGACCGGUCUCCGGAGCGAUCUCCAGAAGAAGACCAAGGAGAUCAAGAGCCUUUCGGGUGACUUCAAGAACACCGUUGACAAGGAAAUCGACGGCACUCGCAAGUCUGUGCGCAAUCUACAUGAGGCUCUGGGUAUGGUCGACACCGACCCCUCCGCGACAUCAGGCAAAGGCGACCCAUUCAUCAUGCGCUUGAAUGUGGAAAAGCAGGUAGAAAAGCAGAUUGAGGAGGAGAACUAUCUUCACCGGGCAUACUUGAACCUGGAGAACUCCGGUCGAGAACUCGAGGGGAUUGUUGUGAGCGAAAUUCAAAAGGCGUACAAUGCCUAUGCUAGCAUUCUUCGACGCGAGGCCAACGAGGCUCUCGACACCGUAGACAAGCUACAGGCCGGUCCUAUCUCCAUGCCGCAGGAUCAUGAGUGGAAUAGCUUUGUCGCCGAUACUGAUGAGCUCGUGGAUCCCCGAAUCCCUCUUCGCAAUGUGGAGAACAUCACCUACCCCGGUAAGGAUCAUCCGGCUGCUGCCGAGGUCAGGGCUGGGAUGUUGGAGCGCAAGAGCAAGUACCUUAAGAGUUACACUCCUGGAUGGUAUGUUCUGUCGCCGACCCAUCUCCACGAGUUCAAAUCGGCCGAUCGCGUGGCAUGGCAAACACCGGUUAUGUCUCUGUAUCUACCAGAGCAAAAGCUCGGCUCUCAUUCACAGGAAGACUCGAGCUCUCACAAGUUCAUGCUGAAAGGCCGCCAGACUGGUGCGAUGCACCGAGGCCACUCCUGGGUCUUCCGUGCCGAGUCCCACGAGACUAUGAUGUCAUGGUAUGAAGAUAUCGAAGGUCUGAUCAGCACAACGGGCGAGGCGCGUAACGCCUUCGUUCGCAAGCAUGUGCGAAGCGUGAGCGGCAGGUCGAUGAACAGCGAAGUGAUGGAGGACGAUGAAGCCGAUCGCACGCCCUACUCCGCAGGUUCUGUAGUCCUCUCUCAAGACCGACCCACCUCCUCGCGCCAAGCCGGCGGUGCUUUCCCCAGCGAUGUUCAAAUUGAUCGUCACCUUCAAGCCCCGCUGUCCCCAUCUAGUGGUGACAGCUCCGCCGGCAGAGGAGAUAUGCUAGCCGCGGCUGGAUCCUACCCCGAUGGCUCAAGCCCUUUCGACGACAAUACCCGACGGGCAGCCAAUCACGAGACCGACCAUGACUCGUACCACGCUUACCAGUCUGGCGAAGGAACCAUCCGUAGGUCUUCGCGACCUCGAGUGACGCAGCAUGACAGCUACUAUGGUGAUUGGAUGGGACCGACUGCCAUCGUUGCUCGGCAAAAGCAGACCCAACAACAACAACAACUGGAAACCACCCCGGACGACCGUGAGGUUCGGUCCGAGGGCGACCAAGCCUCUCUUGCUGCCAUCACCGGCGUGGGACUCGCCGAUCGUCGUGAUCACUCCGCGCCUCCGCAGGUGGCUCGUCGGGAGAGCGUUUCAACCGCACCUACCAAUACCAACGUGACGGAGUACACCAACAACACCAACGCUACUUCGGUGGAUGAUACCCACGAUCACCCCAAGAUCCUCACUCCUGGUCUUCCAAUUGCAUCAGGUGCCGACACAUCUAGUCCACUGGAGCAGCGAUUCAAGAAAGACAGCAUCACUGCCCUGGAUAUGAAGAUUCCAGGCCGUUACCCUCCUACAAAUGUGGCGGCAUAA